UAUUUUUAGAAAGCAAUGAUUAUUAAGUUGCUCAGUGCUCGUGACUCUAUCUCAGCCUGCAGGGACCUCAGUGUGUCUGUAAACACAGGUACGGUCAAUAAAGUUGUUUCAAAGUCCCCGUGCUGCAGCAAUGGCUGCUCCCAUGUCCUGGAGGAGGCUGCUGCACUCCGUGUACUCACCGGCCAUCGCCGGUGUUUUCACGCGAAUAUCUGACCGACUCUUUCGUGCACGAGACAGGAGAGGAGGGUCCUCAGUGCUGCUGCUGGCCCCCCUCCUGGCUGAAGCUGACCCAGCCCCCCAACGCGUCUCCAGGCCCACCGGGUCCGCCGGAGCUCAGGGCACAGAUGGCCUCUGCACCCACUUCCGAUGGAUGGCGGAGCACGUCCCCGCCUUUCGGGUGCCGGGCACCCACAUCCACAUCCUCACCUCACCUGACCAGUUCUACCAGACCAUGAAGGUUGGUGUCACUACAGUUUGUGCUGGUUUACUCCCAGUAAACAGCGGUUUACCAAAACCCAUCCAUGGCAGCCGCUCCCCUCUUGGGCUGCAGGCAGAGGGCGUUUGCAUGAGGCAGAAUUGUGCUCAGGUAGUUUUUGAUGCUGGUCAGAGCGGGGUUAAUUCGCCCUUCAAACAUUGA